CCUCCGCCCCGUCUGGGGCACCCGGCCCGGGAGCUCCGGGAAUGUCCCGAGCGGAGCUGCCUGAGACGCUGUGUGUGUUCCACCCGGGACGGCUGUGUGAGCAGGGCCUGGAGGCUCGACUCGUACGAGAUGGCCGAGCAGUCGGACAAGGCUGUGAAGUACUACACCCUGGAAGAGAUCCAGCAGCACAACAACAGCAAAAGCACCUGGGUGAUCCUGCACCACAAGGUGUACGACUUGACUAAAUUUCUGGAAGAGCAUCCUGGUGGAGAAGAGGUCUUAAGAGAACAAGCUGGGGGUGAUGCUACGGAGAACUUCGAGGAUGUCGGGCACUCUACUGAUGCUAGAGAACUGUCCAAGACAUUCAUCAUCGGGGAGCUUCAUCCAGAUGACAGAUCUAAGUUAGCCAAGCCUUCGGAAUCUCUUAUUACUACUGUUGAGUCUAAUUCCAGUUGGUGGACCAACUGGGUGAUCCCAGCCGUCUCAGCCCUGGCUGUAGCCCUGAUGUAUCGCCUCUACAUGUCAGAGGACUGAAUGACUCUCAGAAGCCGUAGAAGGAAAAGGCUGCUUUGGAAAAAGGAGAAAAGAAGCCAGUGUUAAUUACUUCGACUGACAGAAACCUUCGCCUGAAAAAAUAAUUUUAAUAUGUUCCUCUUCUUCCUACACUAGAAACAAAAUGAAAAGAACUGUUCUUUCUACUCUUAAACUUUUCAAAUGUGCCUUUUUAUUCAUCAGCUUUGUUUUGAUGUUUUCUCACUGUGUAAUUUACUUAUUGUAAGCAUGAUCUUAUAAAAAUAUAUCUGGCUUUUAAAAUAUACCACCAUGUUGCCUGUCUGUUCAGUGUAGGCUUUUCUUCAGUGGUUAAGAUCUCUGGUCAUGUAUGUGCUAAUCAUUUAGGUCCAGCUCUUAUGUGACUUGAGGCGAGGGCCCAGCCCUUGGAGCGUCCUCCUCAUUGUUGAGCAGUUCAUAUGCAGUCACCCCCUAUUUCCAAUGCCAUUUCUUUUUCAAGGAUAUUAAUAAAGGCUCAGAAAUUAUAGCUCAA